GAGCGGGAGGGAGGGAGGAAGAGAGAGAACGGUUGGACUCUCACGGAGAAAAAUAAUGGGCCAACUCUUUUUUUUUAUGAGUUUAGAACUCGAGAGAAAACCCCUUGGGUAUCAACAACAGUCUACGCCAGAAAGAGGAGGUGUGUAAAAGAAAAGGGUUGGAGGAAAAACAAUUUGGCUCGCUGUAACUAGCUUCUGUCAGACGUGACUAACUAGCCAACUGACAAACUGAUUUUUAAUACAAUGCCGUGGAACUUAUAAAUACAUGUUAUCAACCGAAAUAACUCACUUAAGUUCCUCCGUUGAGACUGCAAAGAACGAUUUAUAAUUUUAGACACAGUUUUUGAAGAUGACGAGAACGCGGGGCUGAUUCAUUUUGAAUAACCUAUUCUUGUCCUUAAAACAUUGAAGGGAAAACUUUUGUUUUUCUCACUGUGACUAUAGCCUAUGUGCAUUGGAACCGGUUUUUCCACUGCUGCUUCGAUUUUCUGUUGUUUUCCGUUGUGUUCAUGCCUGACAGUUUUCACGGAAAACAGAUCCACGUAGCCGAACGAAGUCGGCACUCAAGCUGUUCUGAUGAACUUCCGAUAACAGCACCACUCCUUAUCCUUCAGUCCCAACCUUCAACCACCACCACCUCCUUGUCUCCCCAGUGGUCUGGUCGGUCGGAGGGAGCCCCAGGAUGACAGACCCUGACGGGGCUGAAGGGGAGGGCCUGGCCGAGGUGAACGCCUGCAGCCUGGAGAUCGAGAGGAAGUAUGAGGUCAUCCCUGCCGUCAUCUGCUCCAUGUGCUGCCUGUUCGGCAUCAUCUACUGCUUCAUUGGAUAUCGCUGCUUCAAGGCGGUCAUGUUCCUGUCGGGCCUGAUGUUCGGCUCUGUCAUAAUCUUCCUGUUGUGCCACAAGGAGCGGGUGCUGGACACCCAGCUGAGUGUGGAAGCCUCGGCGGGUAUCGGCCUGGGCAUCGGCCUGCUGUGUGGCCUGGUCACCAUGCUGGUGCGCUCCGUGGGUCUCUUCAUGACGGGUCUGUUACUGGGCCUGCUACUUGCCCUCGCCACCCUGCUGGUCACCCACCAGUUCUACACACCCACCACCGUCUGGGUCCCCCUAGGGGUGCUGCUGGGCACUGGCAUGCUGUUUGCUGUGCUCACCCUACAGUGGCAGAAGCUCUUCACCGUGUUGUCUACGUCUGUGUUCGGGGCGGCCAUCAUGAUGGUGUGCGUUGACUACUUUGUGGAGAUGCUGGCGCUGGCCAGACACGCGUAUCAGUGCUUGAGGCUGUCACCGGCGCCGUCGCUCUGCUGGUACAGCUGGGUGAUCAUGGGUAUCUGGCCGGCACUCAGCUUCAUGGGGGUGCUGGUGCAGUGGAAGCUGACAGCCGUGGGGUUCUCACACACUGAGGUCAUCAUCAGCAGGAGGCAGAAGCGGGCCCAGUUGAUGCAGAUCAGACAGAAAGAUGUCAAGAAGCGCCAGCAGAACAGUGGGCAGGAGGGCACAUACCGUCGCAAGCCCACCCCUGUCAAACGCUAUGCCGGAGACCUGCUGGCACCGAGCUACCUGCAGAGUCUUAGGGACAGACAGAUGGGCACAGGCAACUCCCUCAGCAGCCUGGGAACUACCAACCACACAAUAAUCGACUUUGACUAUGAGACAAGCUCCACCGUACCCCUCACCAUCACCACACCUGUCAACAGGGUCUGACGCACCGAGGGACAGACGGGGGAUGACUCACUUGUUUCUUGUCCCCCCCUCCACAGUCCUCCUCCCUAUGUAGUGUACUGUUGACCCUACAGACAAUGUGAGUCUAUUGAACAAUGGACGUUCCUUACAUUGACUUGGAAAAGGGCCUUGAAUGCUGUCCAAGUGAAGAUCAAAGCACACCUCCAGUGUACUGUACCUCGUUUGGAAUGGCAGACUGGAAGGUGAUGGAAUGGGUCCUCGAUCUGUGAGCUGUUCCCUGAGAGUGGUUGGUGUUUGGCCCCCCGUUUGAUGUGUGCUGUAAUCACUCUUUCAAUAGACUGGGCCUGUGUGGCCUCUCCCUGUGUUGUCUGCUCUGAGCGGUGGCAUGUCCAUGUGAAAAGUCUGGGGUUAGGACAGAGCAGAGUACACAGUCAGAAGAAGGAGCAGAAAUUAUCUCAUUUGACUUCUGAGGUCGUAUACUUUCUCUGGUGCCAUUAUGUGAUUGUUUGAUUACAUGUGGGAGAAAUCACUUGACUGAUGAAAACAGACUUGUUCUUGCUGUUCAGAAAGCAAUACUGGGAAUGGAAAUGGCCAUGAAUUACACGAGAGCUACCUCCGAGUGAUUUCAACUUUUAUAAUUGGAGUUAACUGUGCUUUAAUGACUUGAAAUGAACCAGUGGUGUGUAAACUCGGGUCAACCGCCUCAGAACAGGACACCAGCUGAUGUUGACAAGGCACUGUGACGGGACAAAUAAGAGGACAUUUCGAGAUACAUUUCUCUGACCAGUGUUUUCUGUCUGUGUGAGUGUGUGUGCGUUUGUAAUGUUAAGGUGUGUGUAUUGCUGUUUACUUGUCCCUUUUUCGAAGUAACUGCCUGUAUAGUUGAGUGCAGAAGGUUCAGGUCCAGAGAGAUACACGGCAACCAUUUUGUGCCUAAAUACAAUGGAGAUUACAUGGGCAACUGUUUCAAGUGACAUUUAUGUUUGUUUUCAUUGGAACUGCAGUGCCUCUUUUAGUGGUAGCAAUACUAUACAAUAUUGUUUCAAACCAUACUUGGUUAUGCCAGUUAUUUUUGAGCAGUAGCUUGUUUUCAUUACAAUUUCAAGGCAGUUUUACCUGUGUAGUACCUGUAUUCAGUAAUGUAUAUGAACAAUAACAUUGAAGGAAUGUGCUAUGGAAAAAAAUUGAGCAUACAUUUGCUGUACUGUAGGUUACUAAGGAAUUACCAGUGUUUUUAUAAUUGUAAUUUAGUUUUGUUUUAGAAUUUUAGAGGGACAGUAGGCCUACUUUCACUCAGUACUCUCAACUAUUCUGAAUCUGUACAGAAUUGUCAAUAGGAAAUUGAAAGAUAAACCAUUAAAUUAGUUUAAAAACAAAA